AUGAGUAAUGUAGCUGGAGAAUUGAAGAACAGUGAAGGAAAGAAGAAAUACAGAGGAAGCAGGUACCACAACAAUAAAAAUAGAGGUAAAAACAAGAAUGAAACUAUAGAUUCUAAAAAGAAUGAAGGUAAGGUUAAUAAUACUGGUAUUAGCAACAGUAAUAAAAGCAAGAGAAGUAACAAAAAGAGAAACAGAGAGCACUACAACUACAAAAGGAAACUUAAAUCGGCAAAAUCGACUGAGAAUGAAGGAUAUAAGCUUGUUAUUAGGUUAUUACCUCCAAAUUUAACUGCAGAUGACUUCUUCGCCAUUUUGAGAGGCGCGAAUAAUGAUGGCGAUCUCAAGCAAGAUAUACAAGACAAAUUUAAGUACAGCGAUUGGUGUUUCUUUGAAGGCCAUUAUUCUAGUAAGGUAUUCAAGAACUCAACAUAUUCGAGGUGCAAUUUUCUGUUCGAUAGUUUAUCAGAUUUAAAGAAAUGCGCGGCCUUCAUCAAAAGUUGUAAGUUCAUUGAUAAUAAGGAUAAUAUCACAAUUCCAGAUCUAAAUCUAUCGCCAUAUGUGAAAAAGGUUACACAAAAAUCCAAAAGGGACUCGGCGCUAGAGGGAACGAUCGAAGAAGAUGAAAUAUUUAAAACCUUCAUGAAUUCAAUGAAACAGCUGGACGAAAAUGAUGACUACUCAUUUCAAGACUUUAGCGUUUUGAAGUCUCUGGAGAAAGAAUUUUCAAAGAGUGUAGAGUUAGAAAACAAGAUAGCAGAAAGAACGGAAAGAGUAUUGACAGAACUAGUCGGUACUGGUGACAGGGUUAGGAAUAAGAACAAGAAGAAGAAAAAUAAAAGUAGUAAAAAGAAAUUUAAAGACGAGGAUACAAACGCUAAGCUACCAAAGAAGAAACGGAACAGGAGUAAAAAGAAGCGUAAUGAUCGUGAUAACAGCAAUACUCCCAAGACCAAGAAUAGUAAUAUGGUUAUUAUCGAGGAAGCGGGCAAAGAAGUUCUAAAACAAAGGAAGAAGAAGAUGCUGUUGCAAGAGAAGUUGAAACAAUCUAACUCUCCGCAGGUUCAGUCGCCAUCCUCACAUGCACGGCCACCGUUGCAACCCAAAGAAAAUACCUUUUCGCCGCGAGUCAAAAUUUUACAUCGAAAUGAUAUCAAGAAGUAA